AUGUCCGAAGCAUGGGACGGGCCUCGUCUGAUCAUCAACUCGAACAACAAAGCAGCGCUCGUUGUCAUUGUGACAGCAGUGGGCAUCUCCUGGACGGCACUCACCCUGGUAAUCAGAAUUGUCAGUAAGCUCCACGUCAAACGGACAAUAGGCCUUGAAGAGCUUCUAGUGGUUGUCGCAUCAUUCUCUGCUUUCUGCUCGUCGUCCUGCCUCCUGGUUGCCGUGAAACAUGGCUUUGGCCAGAGGACGAAGGAGGUGUCUGUUGAUGACAACAUGGUCGCUUUGAAGGUAAAGUCGAGAGAAACAGGUGGCAGAAGACUAGGGAAAAGAGACUGA